AAUAACUAAAAUAUCCCCAAGUUUUUCGUCCACUCUCAACCCAAAUGAAAGGCGGUUCCGAUUGAUGAAAAGUUUUAAACAGCUGUACAAUUUGUUCAGCGGAAUGUAGGAUUUCCAAGGAAGAGAGCUAAAGAUAAAGAAAGAAAGAGAGAAAGAGGAAAAAUAUUUGGAACAUAUUGCUAAAAUCUGUGAAAAAGAUAAUUGUCAGGUGUCUACAGGAUAUUUCCAUAGCAACCAAGCGGCGCUACUGCAUCAUUGUAUAGCAUUGGCUAUGGAAAUUAUAACGUGAUGGAUCUCAUGGAAGUUACAAGCACUACAACCAAACCGAAAAUUUCAGUUCUCAAAUUAACUCCAGCCGUUAUUGCCGUAUGCGUUCUGGCUGGAUUAUGUUUAAUUCUUGGAGUUAUAUACGCCUACAUCUAUUAUACUCGUUUAAGGCCUAAAUCAACAAAAAUUCGAAAAUUUUAUCUCGAUUGCGCUGGCGAAGACGAGGGUAAUAUGACAACAUCUUCAGCGACCCAUACUCAUUUAUUUCUAUUUAAAAAAUGA